GCGGCGGCAAUCCUGUAUGCUUCGCUUAUCUGCUAACGCACUAAACGGGCUCGUCAAUCAUACUCGAUCAUGACGGAACAGCAGCUGGUGUGGUUCAUCACCGGAACGUCCUCGGGUCUUGGGCGAUAUUUAAUCGACUCGGUGUUAGCUAGAGGAGAUCGGGCCAUCGCUACUGUCCGCCAUCUCGAAAACUUCACCUACCCCAAUGCUGACAAGUGUCGACUGCAUGUCAUUGAGCUUGACGUAACAGAGGACGAGGACAACAUCAAGAAGAAGGUCAGCGAUUCGCUAGCCGUAUGGGGUCGUAUCGACGUCCUUGUCAACAAUGCCGGGUACGUAUCAAAAAGCUUCGUAGAGGAGGGAGGGACCAAGGAAGCCAUCGCUCAGUUUCAGACGAACGUCUUCGGCGCGAUCAGUGUGACAAAUGCCGUGCUCCCCCACAUGCGUGAGCGUAAGGCAGGAACUGUCGUAUUCGUGGGUAGUCGAUCCGUGUGGAACGCACACUUUACAACUGCCGCAUUUUAUAUGGCGUCGAAAGCCGCAAUACACACGAUAAGCGAGACACUCGCAGCAGAGCUCGCCCCUUUCAACAUCCGCGUGCUCCUCAUCGUCCCCGGAGAGUUCCGCACGCCGGGAAAUGGCAAGCGGCCCUAUGCGCUGAACCAUCACGUUCAGGACUACGACGGCGCGCGCGAAGCGACCAUUCAACGGUUAGAAGAGCACUUCAAGCACGUCAGGGGGGAUCCUGCCAAGGCGAUGGAGCUGCUGGUAGACGUCGUGAGAGGAGAGGGAAAGGCGAAGGGAAGGCCAUUCCCGGCGAGGUUGUUGCUGGGGGAUGCUACGUUCAAGGGGGCAAAGGCACAUUGUGAGAGGAUGAAGGAAGAUAUGGAAGCUUGGGAGGAUGUUGCGAUGGAUCUCGACUUCGACGGAUGCACAUGAGAAGUGAAAUGUAUGAACGCUGGAAUGUCAGCUUCGAUGCAAUAAUUACGAUAAUCCUGGCUCCCGGUAUGCUGUACCGUAUCGCAUGG